AUUCCGUACUUUUGAACGAAGACAUAUGGAAAAUGGCUGGCAGAGGAAGAGGAUGGAGUAGAGGACAGAAAAAAGAUGAUACACCAGUUGGGCAACCAUUGCGUCAACCUGCAGCUAAGCCUACAAAUUGUGAAGAUCCAGAUUUAGCCGAUAUAUCUUCUAAUCUGGAUAAACUUCGUCUGUCAACAGAGAAAGAUCUAAUUAUUGAUGAAGGAUUGGUUUUAACUGUGAUUGAUGGCAUUAAAACCCUAAUCAAAAAUGAAAAAUCCCUCAGUAAAGUAGUAGCAUUCCUUCAUCAUUUUUCACAGAAGCAAAGAAGUACAUCUGAAAUUAUAGCAGUUGUUUGUGGUCAUUUAAGUUGUUUUGAAGCUGGUGAUGCUAAAUUUAGAAACUUGCUUCUAGAAAAAUUACAAAAAGAUUUUCAAGAUUAUAAAAGUAUACAGAAGGAAGAUCCAGAAAAAUUUUUAUGUAAUGUAACUUUUCUGUGUGAAGUUUUCUGCAAUGUUCGGCUAAAAGAUGGAUCACCUUUGAAAAUAUUGUCUGUUCCUGUGUUAGAAUAUCUUAAGGAAAUACUAGAUUAUCAAACAGAGACAGGUCUUGUAGUAUUUAUUGAGCAGUUUAAGAAAAAUGGACCGGAGCUUCAGGAACUUGCAAAAGAUGAAGUGGAGAGCCUAUUGCUGAAGUUAAGAAAAAUACUCAUAACAAAAGAUCUUGGAACAAGAUGUAGAGCCAGUUUACUGGAACUGUUGGAAAUGUUUUUGAGGGACUGGAAACCACUUGGAGCUGCUGUAGACAAUCUGUAUAGGAAUCUCAGUUGAAACAAACACAAGACCUUAAUCUUAUUUGUAAACAUUUUGCUUGUAAAAUCUACAAAAAUAAAAAAAAUAAAGUGACACAGCUUGCUUAAUGAAUUUUAUUGGAAAUGAAAAAUACUAUGCGUAUAUGUUACUUUGGUAUACUGUAGAAGAAUGCUGUAUUAAACAAUUUUGAGGUGUA